UUUUAUGAAACCGUUGGUCACAUAAAAAAUGUUUAUUUUGGUGUAGUUUUAUUCUAAAUGAUUAUUUGCUGCUCGCCUAUGUGUUUAAUCAAUCAAGCUUACCUCCUUGAACAUUUACGUUCGUAGAGGAGUUAAAAGUAAAGAAUAGGAAAUGGAGUCAAUUUAUAACAGAUCACAUUCUGAGAAAGUUGAAUGACACUGCCAAUAGUGCCAUAGAUGGGCUAUUCAAAGAUGUUAAUGAUAUGCUAGUAAAGUUUUGCAGUGAUAUCAGGAAAUGUUACUGAGAUUUGAGAUGUGGCGAAGGACUCUGCAGAGACUUGUCUGUCAGAGACGAUGCACUUUAACUAGGCUUUUAGCUGUGGUGUUCCUAGUAGUGGUUUUAGUUCUAUUGAUUCAGAAUUACAGAGAUUCAGGGUGGACAAAACCAGAGAUACCUACUUACAGAGGCCCUCCCCCAUCCCCAUACACAACAUGCAACAUGCUUGAUAAUAAACAGCUUGCAAAUAAGGGUCCAAACAAUCAUAAUGUUCCUCAUGAAACAAAAACUGGACGGAAGGUGCUUGUGAUUGUAGAAUCUCUUUAUUCCAAAAGUGCAAAAAAUAUAGCAGUUUCUAUGGAAUUGGCUCGAUUUGUGUUCAAAAUUGUUGACGAUAAAUCACUGCCUACUUUGACUCACAUGGGUAAAGGGCGAUUUGGGGUUGUGAUUUUUGAAACAAUUAAUUUGUAUUUGAACUUGCAAAGUUGGGAUAGGCAGCUUAUAGAUAAAUACUGUUAUGAAUACAAAGUUGGCAUGAUUUUCUUCACCAAGCCACCAAAUGAAAAUGAAAAGACUGUUGAAAAUAUCCCAGACUUUGCAUUUACUGUCCAGUAUAAUGUUGGCUUGAAAAAAUACAAAUUAAACCCAAACUCAGAAAUAUGGCGGAUUACAAAACCAGGAGAAAUUGUGAGUGAAACCUUUCAAGAAAAUGAAUGGACGGUGUUCCAUACCAAUCAUUCAACCUACGAGCAUUUAGCAAGUGCCACUAAAGUAGCCCCAUUCUACUCGGACUAUGAUCCACAGACGGCUGACAGCAACACUACAGUAUUCCCAGCGGUGUUGGACAAGGGUCUAAAUGACGGCAUCCGGCGCGUGUUUCUAGGUCAAGGAACUUCGUUCUGGCUGCACACUCUCAUGCUGCUGGAUAGCAUGUCUUACCUCUCGUAUGGAUCCAUCAGCCUGUCACUGGAGCGGAAUAUUCAGGUGGACAUUGAUGACAUAUUUGUGGGAGUCACUGGGACCAGGAUGAAAGCAGAGGAUGCUGAUGAGCUGGUUGCUGCUCAGUCACGGAUCCGGGAGGUUGUGGACGGGUUCCAUUUCAUGCUGGGUUUCUCUGGCUGGUACUAUAAGCAUGGCAGUCCAGAGGAGAAUGCUGGGGAUGAGAAACUCAUUGAGUACAAGGACCACUUCCACUGGUUCCCCCACAUGUGGAGGCAUGAGCAGCCUCACAAGUUCACAGAGCAGGAGCUGGUACAGAGCAUGAGUCUCAACUACCAGUUUGCAAAGGACCACAAUCUCCCAAUAGUGGACAACUAUGCGGUGGCCCCUCACCACUCAGGCGUGUUCCCUGUUCACGACCCCGUGUAUGUGGCGUGGAAGUCUAUCUGGGACAUCAAGGUCACCAGCACAGAGGAGUACCCCAGACUGCACCCUGGCUGGGGACGCAGGGGCUUCGUGCACAGGGGAAUCAUGGUACUCCCGCGGCAGACAUGUGGUCUGUUCACUCACACAAUAUUCCUGAACAGUUAUCCAGGUGGCUCGGAGAGGCUCGUGAAAAGCAUUAAAGGGGGGGAACUCUUCAAGACCUUCCUAUUCAAUCCGAUAAACAUAUACAUGACCCAUCUGUCCAACUACGGCAAUGAUCGACUGGCCCUGUACGCAUUUGAGAGUGUGAUCAAGUUUGUUCAGUGCUGGACCAACCUGAAGUUGUCACAGAUCUCACCAAUGGAGCUUGCCAUGAAAUACUUUGACAUGUUUCCAGAGGAGAAAACACCAUUGUGGAGGAACCCCUGUGACUAUGAGAAACACAUGGAGAUCUGGUCAGCCAACAAGACUUGUGAUCGCUUACCACACUUCCUGGUGGUUGGACCUCAGAAAACUGGUACAACUGCCCUGUAUACAUUCCUGGCCAUGCACCCUUCGAUCCAUAGCAAUAGGAACAGCCAUGACACUUUUGAAGAGGUCCAGUUCUUCAAUGGAAACAACUACCUUAAUGGAAUAGACUGGUACAUGGACUUUUUCCCCAUCCCCCAAGAGAAUGAAUCCCUGUUUGAGAAGAGUGCCACCUACUUUGACAACAUGCUGGUCCCUGAACGUGUGCAUGCCCUGCUUCCACGCGCAAAGAUCAUCUGUAUUCUCAUCAGUCCCUCAAAAAGGGCUUACUCCUGGUAUCAGCACAUGAGAGCUCACAAAGACCCAGUGGCCCUCAACUACACUUUCCAAGACCUGAUUACGGCUCCUGAUACAGCCCCUCGGGAGGUGAGGACCCUCAGAAAUCGCUGCCUGAACCCUGGGGAAUACUAUGAGCACUUAGACAGGUGGCUGGAAUACUUCUCCUCUAAACAGAUCCAUAUCAUCGAUGGUGAAAGUUUGAAGGACGACCCUAUUGAAGUAAUGGACAACGUUCAAAAGUUUAUUGGCGUUCAAAAUUAUCUGAACUAUUCCACUGUGUUAAGAUUCGAUUCCAAGAAAGGGUUCUUCUGUCAAAUGCUGUCCACGUCAAAAAAUAAAUGUCUGGGCAGCAGUAAAGGGAGAGUAUACCCGUCCAUGGAUGAAGAAACCGAGAAAUAUCUUCAAACCUAUUACUUCAAGCACAACACACAGCUUGUACAACUUCUCGAGAAGUUGAAGAUUAGCAUUCCUAAAUGGUUGAAACAGGAAACAAAAUUCAGUUGAUGAAUUUUUUUUAAAAGUAUUUAUGAUGUGGUCUCAUUUUCAUUUGUACAUAUCUAAUCUCAAUGUUAUUUAUAUAGUAUAUUGUUUUUCAGUUAUGAAAUGUUUAUUCAAUGUUGUUUUAAGGGUAUGAAUUGGUUAUACAUUAAAUUUUACUGUAAAAUUGACCGAUAUAAGUUUAAAAUGUAGUACUGGAGUUGCAGAUGAGACCAAUUUAACUGAUAUAUAUAUUUAGCUCUUCUGAGCACAACUUGCUCAUAGGAAACAGUGGUGUCCGUUGUCUGAUAGUGUUUUAUGUGAAGGAGUCAUGUGCAUCAGUCAGUAUUUUCUUCAAGCAACAUAAGAGAUGUUUGGCAUAAUUUAAAUUAAUGAAACAAUUCAAGAAUGUUCCUUUCCUGAGGAAUUUUGCAUUGGUGGCUCAUUAUCAAAAUUGUUUGAAUGGUUUCUGUUAGUUGAUUAACUAGGUCAUGGAAUAAAAAGGGGUUUUUACAUAUGAAAACUUGAAAAAGGAUUUUCGGGAAAACGCAUGGCUCAAAGGUAAUAUAUUUGUUAUGUAAUCAUAUUGUGGCCCUCUGCAUAGAUUGUGCAAAUUAUGCCCAUUUGGUAAAAACUGGCCUUGCUCCAAAGGUCACCAGUUUAACAUAGAAUUAUAUUGUAAAAUCAUUUGACAAUUAUCUUGUCUGAACUUGAAGGCUUCAGACUCUCAUAUUUGGUAUGUUGCAUCUUCUAGAGGUCUCCUGCGAAGUUUGUUUACAUUCUUCUACAGGGACCAAAAGUUAUUUCGCCCAGGAGGUCACCAAUUUUAUAUUGACUUAAUUGGAAAAACCUUUAAAGAUGGUAUUGUCUGACACUGCAAAGCCCACGGAUUUCAUAUUCGGUAUAUUUUGUAUUUAGGGUCAUCUAUUGAUCCUCUUUAUAGUAUGGUCAAAUUAUGCCCCUUAGGUUGAAAGUGGUCUUACCCUGGGGUUGGGAUGGUUACCAGUUUGUUUUUUGCUAUUAUGGACAAAAAAAUUAAAUCUUAGUUUUUGAAACUGCAAAGCCCAUUCAGUACUUUCAUAUUUGGUAUGUAUUACCAUCUAAUGGUCUUAAACAAAGUUUGUUAAAAUCAUGCCCCUUUGGUCAAAUCUGACCCAGGGGUCUCAUUUUUAGCUCAUCUAUUUUUUGAAAAAAAAUUAUGAGCUAUUGUCAUCACCUUGGCGUCGGCGUCUGCGUCGGCGUCGGCGUCCGGUUAUGUUUUGCGUUUAGGUCCACUUUUCUCAGAAAGUAUCAAUGCUAUUGCAUUCAAACUUGGUACACUUACUUACUAUCAUGAGGGGACUGGGCAGGCAAAGUUAGAUAACUCUGGCGUGCAUUUUGACUGAAUUAUGUGCCCUUUUAUACUUAGAAAAUUGAAAAUUUUGGUUAAGUUUUGCGUUUAGGUCCACUUUUUUCAGAAAGUAUCUAUGCUAUUGCAUUCAAACUUGGUACACUUACUUACUAUCAUGAGGGGACUGGGCAGGCAAAGUUAGAUAACUCUGGCGUGCAUUUUGACAGAAUUAUGUGCCCUUUUUAUACUUAGAAAAUUGAAAAUUUUGGUUAAGUUUUGUGUUUAGGUCCAUUUUAUUCCUUAAGUAUCAAAGCUAUUGCUUUCAUACUCGCAACACUUACUAACUAUCAUAAGGGGACUGUGCAGGCAAAGUAAUGUAACUCUGACUGGCAUUUUGACAGAAUUAUGUGCCCUUUUUAUACUUAGAAAAUUGAAAAUUUGGGUAAGUUUUGUGUUAAGGUCCACUUUAUUCCUACAGUAUCAAAGCUAUUGCUUUCAUACUUGCAACACUUACUAACUAUCAUAAGGGGACUGUGCAGGCAAAGUUAUGUAACUCUGACUGGCAUUUUGACAGAAUUAUGGGCCCUUUAUACUUAGAAAAUUGAAAAUUUUGUUAAGUUUUGUGUUUUAGUCCACUUUACCCCUUAAUUAUCAUAGAUAUUGCUUUCAUACUUGGAACACUCGCAAACUAUCAUAAGGGUACAGUAAAAGGACAAGUUGCAUAACUCUGGAUGUCAUUUUUAUGGAAUUAUGGCCCUUUUUUGACUUAGUAACUUUGAAUAUAUGGUUAAAUUUUGUGUUUCGAUCCACUUUACUUCUUAAGUA